AUGCCUCGGCCGGGCAAGAGCUCGUACAGUGAUCAGAAGCCUCCUUACUCUUACAUCUCGCUGACGGCCAUGGCCAUCCAGCACUCGAGUGAGAAGAUGCUCCCCCUGAGCGACAUCUACAAGUUCAUCAUGGAGCGCUUCCCUUACUACCGCGAGCACACGCAGCGCUGGCAAAACUCGCUCCGCCACAACCUCUCCUUCAACGACUGCUUCAUUAAGAUCCCGAGGCGACCCGACCAGCCCGGCAAAGGCAGCUUCUGGGCGCUGCACCCGGACUGCGGGGACAUGUUCGAGAACGGCAGCUUCCUCAGGCGCAGAAAGCGCUUCAAGGUGCCGCGGCCGGAGCCCCACAUGCCAGCAGCGGCGGGCAAAACAGGAGGGGUGCUGCACCCCCACCUGAGCCACUAUUUCCACCCUCAUCACCCGCCGCCGCCGCCUCCGCCGCCUCCGCUUCAGCCUCCAGCGGCAACCAAAGGACAUCCAGACUCGGCGGCGGCAGUGGCGGCGGCGGCGGCGGCUGCUGCCGUAGGAAGGCUGCCUCAGUUCCAGCCUUACAGCCCGGCUCCUGGCUUCAAGCAUCCCUUCGCCAUCGAGAACCUCAUUGGCCGAGACUACAAAGGAGUGAUCCAGGGCGGUGGGUUGCCCUUGGCUUCCGUAAUGCACCACCUGGGCUACCCAAUGGCCGGUCAACAGAUCAGCACCAUGGUCAGCUCGGUCUGGCCCCACGUGGGCAUGAUUGAGCCUGCGGGUGGCAUUCCCCUUUCGCCAGGAGAAUACGGACCUUUCGGGAUGCCGGUCAAGACCAUCUGCCACCCAUCGACACAGACACUGCCUGCAAUCCCUGUGCCAAUCAAGCCCACCCCGUCCAUUGCGCCAUCCACUGCCAUCUCUGCCCUGACGGUCAACCAUGUCACACAGCAGCUCUGUCAGACAACGUCUCCCAGUGUCUCCUCUUCCCUUCUUGAACAGAUUCCGCCAAAUUCCUCCAAUGGCAAAAUCUCCUUACAUUCUGCCUUGGUACAUUCAUAGAAUGGAAGAUGGAGAAGUAUGACUGUUGACACAAUCCUAUCGUCUAAGAUACAAGCACAGGGCAAAGAUUGGUCUGGGCCUGUUGAGUGUCUUUGGAAAGAACAUUUUGUAUUAUUAUAAUUACAAUUAUCAUGUAUUGUGUCUGUUGUAAAAUCAGUGUUCAGAGCCAGGUUCAGGUAAGAAUUUCUGUGUUCA